AAAAAUGAUCCCCCGUUUCAACUCAAGCUUCCUCCAAAGGCAGCUAGACCUGAAAAAGAAGUUGACCCGGAAUAUGAAGAAAAGAUGAAAGCAGAUCGAGCAAAAAGGUUUGAAUUCCUCCUGAAGCAGACGGAACUUUUUGCACAUUUUAUUCAGCCUGCAGCACAAAAAUCACCAACAUCGCCAUUGAAAGUCAAGCUGGGACGGCCACGGAUGAAGAAAGAUGAAAAACAGAGUUUAAUUUCAGCUGGGGAUUAUCGUCACAGGCGCACAGAACAAGAAGAAGAUGAGGAGCUGUUGUCAGAGAGUCGAAAAACAUCUAAUGUGUGUAUUCGAUUUGAAGAAUCUCCUUCAUAUGUGAAAGGAGGAACACUAAGGGAUUAUCAGGUUAGAGGUUUGAACUGGAUGAUCUCAUUGUAUGAAAAUGGUGUUAAUGGCAUUCUGGCAGAUGAAAUGGGUCUCGGUAAGACUCUGCAAACAAUAGCGUUAUUAGGCUAUCUGAAGCAUUACCGAAACAUUCCUGGGCCACACAUGGUCCUGGUUCCAAAAUCAACGUUGCACAAUUGGAUGAAUGAAUUCAAACGCUGGGUUCCAUCGUUACGGGCCGUUUGCCUUAUUGGAGAUAAAGAUGCCAGAGCUGCGUUUAUCCGUGAUGUUAUGAUGCCUGGUGAAUGGGAUGUUUGUGUUACAUCAUAUGAAAUGGUAAUUAAAGAGAAAUCAGUCUUCAAGAAAUUUAACUGGAGAUACCUGGUAAUUGAUGAAGCCCACAGAAUAAAGAAUGAGAAGUCUAAGCUGUCAGAGAUUGUACGUGAGUUCAAGACAACAAAUCGAUUGCUGCUUACAGGAACUCCAUUACAGAAUAACCUCCAUGAGCUGUGGGCAUUACUGAAUUUUCUUUUACCUGAUGUCUUCAAUUCUGCAGAUGAUUUUGACUCAUGGUUUGACACUAAAAAUUGUCUUGGUGAUCAGAAACUUGUAGAAAGACUUCAUGCUGUUUUGAAACCAUUUUUAUUACGUCGCAUAAAAGCUGAAGUAGAAAAGAGUUUGCCUCCAAAGAAAGAAGUAAAAAUUUAUCUUGGGCUCAGCAAAAUGCAGCGGGAAUGGUAUACUAGGAUCCUGAUGAAAGAUAUUGAUAUCCUGAAUUCAGCUGGAAAAAUGGAUAAGAUGCGUCUGCUGAAUAUUUUGAUGCAGCUGCGGAAAUGCUGUAACCAUCCUUACCUAUUUGAUGGUGCUGAGCCAGGCCCCCCUUAUACCACCGACACACAUCUCAUCACUAACAGUGGUAAAAUGUUAGUUCUGGAUAAACUGCUAGCAAAACUCAGAGAGCAAGGUUCCAGAGUUCUGCUGUUUAGUCAGAUGACUCGCUUACUGGAUAUUUUAGAAGACUAUUGCAUGUGGCGUGGAUACGAGUACUGUCGACUUGAUGGACAGACACCACAUGAAGAAAGAGAGGAAGCAAUAGACACAUUUAAUGCUCCCAACAGCAGUAAAUUCAUUUUCAUGCUGAGUACCAGAGCUGGAGGUCUUGGAAUUAAUUUGGCAACUGCUGAUGUGGUUAUUCUCUAUGAUUCAGAUUGGAAUCCUCAAGUAGAUCUGCAAGCCAUGGAUCGUGCGCAUCGUAUUGGUCAAAAGAAACCAGUACGGGUGUUUCGACUAAUCACUGAUAAUACUGUUGAAGAGAGGAUUGUAGAAAGAGCUGAAAUAAAACUGAGACUGGACUCUAUAGUUAUACAACAAGGAAGGCUCAUAGACCAACAGUCUAACAAACUGGCAAAAGAUGAAAUGCUGCAGAUGAUCCGCCAUGGAGCCACGCAUGUUUUUGCUUCCAAAGAUAGUGAGCUGACAGAAGAAGAUAUAACCACUAUUUUAGAAAGAGGUGAAAAGAAGACAGCUGAAAUGAAUGAACGAUUGCAGAAAAUGGGGGAGAGCUCCUUACGAAAUUUCACUAUGGACACAGAGAUGAGCUUAUACAACUUUGAAGGUGAAGAUUAUAGAGAAAAACAAAAGCUGAGCAUGAUGGAAUGGAUAGAGCCUCCAAAACGAGAACGCAAAGCUAAUUACGCAGUUGAUGCUUAUUUCAGAGAAGCCCUGCGUGUUAGUGAACCAAAAGUCCCAAAGGCUCCACGACCUCCAAAACAACCAAAUAUUCAAGAUUUCCAGUUUUUCCCUCCACGGUUAUUUGAACUUCUGGAAAAAGAAAUUCUGUAUUAUCGUAAGACAAUAGGAUAUAAGGUCCCCAGGAAUCCUGACCUCCCGAAUGCAGCUCAGGUACAAAAAGAGGAACAAAAGAAGAUAGAUGAGUCAAUGCCUCUGAAUAGUGAAGAAACUGAAGAGAAAGAAAAGCUUCUAACACAGGGUUUUACAAACUGGAAUAAAAGAGACUUUAACCAGUUUAUUAAAGCUAAUGAGAAAUAUGGUCGUGAUGAUAUAGACAAUAUUGCCCGUGAGGUGGAGGGAAAGUCACCCGAGGAGGUCAUUGAGUAUUCAGCUGUUUUCUGGGAACGCUGUAAUGAACUACAGGACAUUGAGAGGAUUAUGGCUCAAAUUGAACGAGGAGAGGCAAGAAUUCAACGGAGGAUCAGUAUCAAGAAAGCCCUUGAUGCCAAAAUUGCAAGGUAUAAAGCACCUUUUCACCAGUUGCGUAUUCAGUAUGGAACAAACAAAGGGAAAAAUUACACAGAAGAGGAAGACAGAUUUUUGAUAUGCAUGUUACACAAGAUGGGCUUUGACAAAGAAAAUGUGUACGAGGAAUUAAGGCAGUGUGUGCGCAAUGCUCCCCAGUUCAGAUUUGACUGGUUUAUCAAAUCUAGAACUGCGAUGGAGUUUCAGAGGCGCUGCAAUACUCUCAUAUCAUUAAUAGAAAAAGAAAAUAUGGAAAUUGAGGAAAAAGAAAGAGCGGAAAAGAAGAAAAGAGGAGCAAAAGUUACAGCAUCACAGAAGAGAAAAGCAGAUUUGGCUACUGAGAACUCUGGAAAAAAAGAUGCCAAGAAAGUGAAGUCUUGAACCUGAAACCUGAAUGUUAAAUGUAAAAGUGCCACUCUCUUCUCUCCAUGUACAAGUAUUAAUUAAUUGCCAACUUCUUUGUAUUUGUGGUACUCUCCCCCAAAUCCCAUGGUUUAAUUUUGCAGAUUUUGUAUACUUUAUGAUGUCUUUCUUUACCUAGAUUGUGUAGCUUUAUAUCUUAUGCAUUCCAGUAUUUUUGUGUACUGUGUUUUGUGAGUUUCAUGUCUUUGGCAAAAUCCACUCAGUCCUUGUUUUUUUGAAGCUUGUGCUGAGGUUUUAGCUUUUAUAUGUUUUAUAUGCUGCUGCUUUGAAAGAAAACCUAGAUUCUAUAGCUGUAUUAUUGUUGUUUCAUAUUUUAAAUUUAUAUGGCUGUUGGAAAAUAAACUGACUGAAUUAUUUGAAGAGAAAUAUACUUCACCUUUGUUUUCCCUACUCUCUCUCCCUUUUUUGCAUCGCUACAUUUAGAGUGAAUGUUAAGGUUUGUAUAAUUGUGCCUUCAUC